AGUGUGUCAAUGGCCGCAGAUGCGUCGCAAAGGAAGGCUCUGAGAUACCAACAGACCCUGCUUUAUGGGGAAUACCAUGAGCAUCCGGGUUCUUCCCGUCGGAAAGAGGCCACUCGCUUGUUGACCGAGAGACAAUGGAAGAAACACCAUCACCACGGCCACCAUCACCAUGGCCACCGUGGACACAGCCGCAGCCACCAUGGCCGGCAUCACAGUCGCCACCCCGACACAGAGGCCGACAUCGGAAAAAGCUCAAAAUCCGAACAUGGCCAAAUGUCCUCGCUGAAGAAGCGGCGGUCCUAUUCUAAGUGUAGAGACUGUGUGGCACGUGUGCAGAAGUUCCUGGUGUCCAGAUUGGGUGAGGACUGGAUCUUCCUGGUGUUGCUGGGUGUCUCUAUGGCUUUGGUCAGCUGGAGCAUGGACUAUGUUAGCGCUAAGAGUCUACAAGCUUACAAGUGGAUCCAUAACGAGCUGCGGGGUAAUAUUCCAUUACAGUAUCUGGCGUGGGUCUCGUAUCCCAUGAUCCUCAUCAUGUUCGCCUCUUUCUUCUGCCACCUGGUGGCACCCCAGGCUAUCGGCUCUGGUAUCCCCGAGCUGAAGACCAUCCUGCGAGGUGUGAUUCUGAAGGAGUAUCUGACUCUCCGGGCAUUCGCUGCAAAGGUUGUGGGCUUGACGGCCGGCCUGGGCAGUGGCAUGCCUGUAGGCAAAGAGGGUCCUUUUGUUCACAUUGCCAGCAUCUGUGCUGCUUCGCUCAGCCAGUUCAUGACUUUCUUCUCGGGGGUCUACCAGAGCCCCUAUUGUUACACUGACAUCCUGACCGUGGGAUGUGCUGUCGGGGUGGGAUGUUGUUUCGGGACCCCCCUGGGAGGGGUGCUAUUCAGUAUAGAGGUCACCUCUACCUACUUUGCUGUAAGGAAUUACUGGAGAGGAUACUUUGCAGCUGUGUUCAGUGCCUUCAUAUUCAGAGUGCUCUCUGUAGUUAACAAAGAUACAGUCACCAUCACUGCUCUCUUCCGCACCAAAUUCCGCAUGGACUUCCCGUUCGACCUGCAGGAGCUGCCGGCAUUUGCCGUGAUUGGCAUCUCCUGUGGGUUCCUGGGAGCCUUCUUCGUGUAUCUGAAUCGGCAGGUGGUGCUGUACAUGAGGAAGCCCAACACACUGACGCGCUUCCUCACCAGACAUCGGCUGAUAUUCCCCGGGGUCGUCACCCUAGUGAUCACCACCUUGACCUUCCCCCCUGGAUUCGGACAGUUCAUGGCUGGAGAGUUAAUGCCCAGGGAGGCCAUCAACUCUCUGUUUGAUAACUUCACCUGGACCAAGGUGUGGGGGAACCCACUUCCUCCUGGCCUGGGGCGCUCUGCUGCCUGGCUGCACCCUGACGUCAGUGUGUUUGUCAUCCUGCUUCUGUUUUUUGUCAUGAAGUUCUGGAUGUCUGCUGUGUCUACUACCAUGCCCAUCCCCUCAGGAGCCUUCAUGCCUGUCUUUGUCCUGGGUGCGUCGUUUGGACGUUUGGUGGGAGAGAUCAUGGCCGCCCUCUUCCCUCACGGCAUCCUGUUUGACGGAAUCCUGUACCGCAUCAUCCCUGGAGGGUACGCCGUGAUUGGCGCCGCAGCGUUGACGGGGGCCGUCACUCACACCGUUUCCACGGCGGUGAUCUGCUUCGAGCUGACGGGUCAGAUCUCGCACAUCCUGCCCAUGAUGGUGGCGGUGAUCCUGGCCAACAUGGUGGCCCAGGGCCUGCAGCCAUCCCUCUACGACUCCAUCAUCCAGGUGAAGAAGCUGCCCUACCUGCCCGAGCUGGGAUUUGGACACAUCAGUCAGUAUAACAUCUUUGUUGAGGACAUCAUGGUCCGGAAGGUGAAAUUCGUCUGUUCCCAGACAACGUGCCGAGAGCUGCUUUAUCUCCUGGACUCUGUGUCCCUCAAGACCAUCCCUCUGGUGGACUCCAAAGAGAACAUGAUCCUGUUGGGCUCCGUUAACCGGUCGGAGCUGCUGGCUCUUUGCGAUUGGUGGCUAUCGGUGGAGCGGCGCAUCAUGAUGCACAGCCAGGGCCUGCAGCAGCAGGAGUCCUGCGUCCGAGCCAGCUGGGAGUCCUUCGCCUUCGUGGACGAGGAGACGGACGUCGACAACGGAGACAAAAAUUCUCCCAACCAGGAAGAGCGCAACGGCCCUUUCCCUUCCCCGAAACCCGCGGAGCCGGCAACCAAUCACACGACUCCUGAUAAAGGCCCUUUGCAGUCGGUGAGAAGAACUCUGAGGAAUAUCUUCUCACCCUCCUCAGACAGACAAACAGAAGGUCAGACACAGGACAUGUCUCCUCCAGCCUUGACUGACUCCAUGACUCCAGAGGAGAUCAAAGCGUGGGAAGAGGAGCAGAUGGACGAGCCCUUAGAGAUCGAUCAGAUCCGCAUCGACCCUUCGCCCUUCCAGCUGGUGGAGCGGACGUCGCUGCAUAAGACCCACACGCUGUUCUCCUUGCUGGGCCUGAGUCACGCGUACGUCACCAGUAUUGGCAAACUGGUCGGAGUUGUGGCACUCAAGGAGCUCCAGAAGGCCAUCGAGGGGUCGACCCGCAGCGGCGUGAGGCUCCGUCCCCCGCUGGCCAGCUUCCGGGACCCCAGCCGCAAGUCGGCCAAGCCGCACGCCUCCACCUCGUCCGCCCCGUCCUCGCCGACCUCCCCGACUGACGCGUCGACGUCCCCGUUCGCCCCCGCGCUCACCCUUCACCCUCCGCCCGCCGCCCCCACGACCCCGGCCGCGCCCGAGCCCGAGCCCGACCCGGCGGAGGAGAUGGAGGUGUGGAUCGAGGGCGUGCACCGGCAGGCCGUGGUGCCCGUGGAGAGCACCAGCAGCAGCAGCAGCAGCAGCGUCAGUGGCAGCAGCAGCAGCCUCGAUAGCGCCGGCGAUGGCACUGGCACCGGCACUGGCACCGGCACCGGCGAUGGCGAAGACCCCUCCCAGGUGCCCCCCACCCCUCCGUCUCCCUCCACCAUCCCCCUCUCCAUCCUGCAGCGGGUUCCCGCGGUUCUGUUGGAGGAGAGCGAUGAGGAAGAGCCCAUCUAACUCAUCUGGAGGGGUGUGUGUGUGUGUGUGUGUGUGUGUGUGUAGGGGGGGAGGGAGUGUGAUGUGAUGUGAUGUCUUGUUUAUUUUUUACUUUUUAAACGUUUUUUUUUUAUCAUGUUGGAAAGAUUUGUGUUAAAUAAUCUCGCUUUCUCUAUUCUCAGACUGUAGUUGGGUUGAGUUUGAAGUCUUGAGUCAUUUGUGGUGCAAUUGGGUUAUUUCUGAACAAGAUGGAUCAUUCUAGAUUUUGUUUUCUCAUUCUAAAGAAUGCCUUAAAAUGUAACAUGCGUCAUAUUUUGUUACCUGUGAAUUAGUAUGAUCAGAAAUAGCAUCUCGUUAAGGCAAAGGUAGCUAAAAGAGAUUGAAUACAUUAUCUAAUACAAGAAAGGACCGUUUUAUUGUUAUACAGCUCAUUUUGUCUGUCUCGAAAUGAUCAUUAGAACAUAGACAAAUGAAAAGAAAGCAUAAAUAUCUCAAAUGACGUUGCACCCAUUAUCAAGGAAAACUCAAGAGAAACUAAAACUCAUUCUUAUUCAUUAUUGUUGUGAUGUACGUGAAUGAAUGGAUCAGUUGAGAUCCUCUCCUGCUUGGGAAACGUUGAAGGCUUUCGGGAAACCUGUGUCCAGGUUAUUCUGGCUUUUUUAUAUGGUUGUUUGAUAUGUAGCAUUUGAGUUGCAUGGAUUUUUUUUUUUUUUUUUUUUUUUUGAAUCACAAGAUUUAGCUUCCCAGAUUUAUACAAUUAGUAUUCUUAUAUUGAUCCGUAAAAGUGCCUCUAGACUUGGUAGCUAUUAAAUAUCCACAAUCCUGGAUUCUCCUUUAGUUUUACUGAGCACAUACGUAGGCCUACAUCAUGCUACGAUGGAGAGGCAUCUUUACCAUUACAGUUAUUCUGUUUCAAAUGCUAUGGCUGUCUAAAGAGCAUUAUUUUAAUUUAGCGCAAAUUAUAUAUCCGGACGAAGUGUACUAUCACUGUCAAGUUCAGUGAUGCAUAAGUGUCAAAAACUGACAAGUCUUCUAGCUCCACGCACUCUGUUCAGAUUUGAAAUGAGAAAAGAGAUGCCUUAGUAAAUAUGAACAGGGAUUGUUGCCCAUUCCAACUCCACGCCCACUUAAAUUCCUGUGUCUGGCACUGAAAUUGAAAUGGAGAUCGGUUUCUCUUCUGACAAUGACGAGUCCUGUGUCUAGAGCCAUUAGUAUGCUGAGGCUUCUUCUUGAUGCCUGCAGGUGAAUAUCUCACUUUUUUUCUUUGUGAUUUUCUCAUUUUCUUUGUGAGAGGACGUCUUUGAAAUGACCUCACAGCCUAAUUAUCAUAGGAUAACUAGUAUUUUACCUGCAUUCUUUACAUACUGUAGUAUAAAUCAAACAAAUGCUUUGUUUGGUUUAGAGGAAUAUGGAGAGAUCUGAUGAAAAGCAUUUACUUUGUAGGCUGAACCUUCCCUUGAGAUCCCAUUAGAGAAAAAAUCCCUUCAAAUCUUCUUUCAGCUAUCGGCCUUUUUCAACAAAGUGCUCUUAACCUGGAUUUGAAUCUCAAACGAUCGAUACAAUCUUUGAUAAAAAUACAAAAAACUAAUGAUGAUGACACAUGAUAACCCCAUGAUACUCACCACUCAAGGACUGCCAUCCACGUACAAACUGUGCGACAGGUGUACAAUUGUAACCUCAGCAGGGAUGACAUGUGGAAGAACCAAUGAGUGGCUUUAGUCCCGGCCUGCAGUGAGCCUGUGUUCACCUGUGUUCACCUGUGUUCACCUGUGGCCCGCUGUGGUCACUCGGCUGUGAGAGGUGAAAGGAUACUCUGCCAUCUCAAAGAUCAGAAGCUGCCAC